CUAUAUUUCCAUACUUGGAAGUUUCAUAUUCUUUAUACAUAAAUUCAAAAAUCUUUAGGAUACCGACUUGGCAUACAAGAUUGAUAUCAUUUCCAAAAUCAUGUUGGUAUUAAAUAAUGGAAAAGGAUAUUGAAAUCCAUAAUUAAUUCUCUCAUUUAAUUCUCAUAUCUCUCUCUUUUGCUAUAUAAGAAAAUGACUACGUCUUCCUUUUUCCACACACCUAAAGUUACACACAAGAAAAAAAAAGUUCAAAAGUAUAUUCAAUCGUUUGAGAUGAACAAGAUCGAAGCUGACGUGACAGUGAAUGUUAAUGGUGGCAAAAGGGCUUACGUCACCUUCCUUGCUGGAAACAAAGACUACUGGAUGGGUGUGGUUGGUUUAGCCAAAGGACUUCGUAAGGUGAAGUCAGCUUAUCCUCUUGUGGUGGCCUGUCUUCCGGAUGUGCCAGAAGAACACCGUCAAAUCUUGGUGGCUCAGGGAUGCAUCAUCCGUGAUAUUGAAAUGGUCAUUCCUCCAGAAAACAAAGUCGGUUAUUCCAUGGCCUAUUUUGUCCUCAACUACUCCAAACUUCGUAUUUGGGAGUUUGUGGAAUAUGAGAAGGUGAUGUAUUUGGAUGGAGAUAUUCAAGUGUUUGGUAACAUUGACCAUCUUUUCGAUACUCCUUCUGGGUACUUAUACGCGGUUAAAGACUGCUUUUGCGAAAUAUCAUGGUGCAACACUACUCAAUACCAGAUCGGUUACUGCCAACAGUCACCUGAAAAGAUGACAUGGCCGGUGGAAACCCUGGGUUCUCCUCCGCCUACCUAUUUCAACGCUGGUAUGUUACUGUUUGAACCAAAUCUUGUUGUGUACGAGGAUCUCCUUCGUGUUGUUCAAAUCACUACUCCGACGUAUUUUGCUGAACAGGAUUUUCUGAAUAUGUAUUUCAGAGACACCUACAAGCCGAUUCCUUCCACCUACAACCUUGUAUUGGCUAUGUUAUGGCGUCACCCGGAACAUGUUGACCUUAACCAAAUCCAUGUGGUCCAUUACUGCGCAAAUGGCUCAAAACCAUGGAAAUAUGAUGAAUCCGAAGAGCACAUGGAGCGUGAAGACAUAAAAAUGCUAGUGAAGAAAUGGUGGGAGAUUUAUGAUGAUCCAAGUUUGGACUACAAGAACUUUAUGGAAACUGAAUCUAAGUUGAAUCCGAUCACUGCUGCAGUCUUGCCUUCCAAGGAGUCUGAUGGUGAUGUUCUCACCAGCCUUGCCCCCUCAGCAGCAUAG